AUCUAAUGAUUUUAAUACUUCUUUUAUGCACGUAACAUAUUUAUGAUAAUAAAAUAUGAUUAGUUAUGUUUUAAUAAAAUUACUUAAUAUUGUGAUUAGUGAUUUAUGAUCGAUAUUUGGUCAAUUUAAUAUGUUUAUACUUUAUAGUUUAUUUGAUUUAAAUUUGAUAGGAUCAUGGCACCAAAGGAACAGUCACACGAUGAUGCAUGGGUUCAUGCCCGAAAGCUAGAUGGAAACCGUCAUCAUUGGCAAUGUAUUUAUUGUGACUACAUUGGUAAAGGUGGAGGAAUAACUCGAGUAAAAAUGCAUUUGGCUGGUGGGUAUCCUGACGUUGCAAAAUGCAAGAAGGUUCCAACGGAGAUCCGUAAAUUAUUUCAAAGCAAGAUGAAACAAGCAAAGGAAGAUGCAUUAAAAAAGAAGGCAAGAGUUGAGGAAGAAUAUCAUAGGGCUACACAGGAACCAGUUUAUGAUCAGUAUGAGGGUUGCGACGAUGAAGUCGACCCGGAUCUCACAGCUGGGAUUCGUGCAUCAUUGGAGCAUCAGCAUACGGUCGAUGAAGCAAUGAGGCAUCGACGACCUGACUCACAAUUAGAGCAUGGUAGUGGUAGUGGAAUCCAGAGGUCAACCAGCAUGAGGCAACCAACUGCUCCUUCUCAGUUAGGCCGAACUAGUAGCAUGAGGUAUGGUGGACUCCGUGGUUUUAUAAGAGGUCUUGGCAGGAGGUCCGCACCAGAUAUUGUUGAUAUUGAUCCGCAAGCCUAUCCCCCACAAACAGCGAAACAGACACGGAUUGACGAUGCAUAUACAAAAGAAAAAAAACGGGAUAUUAGGAAGGCAAUCUCAAAAUGGUUCAACUUUCAUAGGAUUCCAGCCAACACAGCCCAAGGUCCAUAUUAUCAGAGCAUGAUCUCCUCUAUUCAAAAGUCUGGCAUGGGGAUCCAACCUCCAACACCGAAGGAGAUUCACGGCGUGUACUUAGAUGAGGAGGUGGCAGAACUAAAGGAUUGGAUCAAAUCCUUCAAGAGGCAAUGGGAUGAAUAUGGGGUGACAUUGAUGUGUGACAGUUGGACAGGACCAACAAGAAUGAGUAUCAUCAACUUUCUUGUUUAUUGCAAUAGAAGAGUGGUGUUUCAUAAGUCCGUUAAUGUUUCUGAAAAGAUCCAAGAUGCAAACUACAUUGAGAGCUUGAUGGACACUAUGGUAGAGGAGAUUGGACCAUAGUAUGUUGUCCAAAUAAUAACCGACAAUGGAGCGAAUUUCAAAAAAGUCGGUUUGCAAUUGAUGGAAAAAAGAAAAACUUUGUUUUGGACUCCAUGUGCAGCUCAUUGCAUAGAUCUAAUGCUAAAGGAUAUUGGUGAGUUGGAUACGGUCAAGAAAUGUGUAGCUCGAGCACAAUCAAUUACAAAGUUUAUAUAUAAUCAUCAUUGGGUCCACGCAUUAAUGCAAAAGUAUGUAAAUGGUGAGAUACUUCGACCUGGAAUUACUCGGUUUGCUACAAAUUUUAUUGCAUUAAAAUCAUUACAGCAAAAAAGACAUGGCUUGAAGGCAAUGGCUAGCUCACAAGAAUGGUCUGAAUCCAGAUAUUCGAAAUUGAGUGAUGGAAAGAAGAUAGAAAAGGCCAUUCUUUCAUCUAGAUUUUGGGAGACUAUAGGAGAAAUCAUAAAAGGUGUGGAACCACUUUAUAUUGUCCUCCGUAAAGUCGAUAUGGACGAGCGUCCACAAAUGCCGUAUCUUAAAUAUAUGCUGAUUUCAGCAAGAGAGGAGGUCAGGAAAGCAUUCAAAGAUGAUUUUAAGGCCGACCAAUACGUACGAAUCAUUGAUCGUCGGACCGAAGUUCAUAUGGAUCAAGAUAUCCAUAAUGCAGCGUAUUAUCUAAACCCGGCAAUUCAAUAUCGAUAUGCUCUCGGAACGCAAAAUAAUUUCCUAACGACACUACGAAAUGUUAUAUAUCGACUCUUGCCAAACACUACCGAGGCAGCCGAUGCUCUUAUGGAGGGUCGAUUAUUUCGAGAAACAGUUGGUUCAUUCUCCGACGUUGUAGCUAUAUCAUGCCGUUACACUAUGGAUCCUGUCGAGUGGUGGUUACAAUUUGGAGGCGAUGCACCACAUUUAAGGAAGGUUGCCGUUCGUGUACUUUCACAGACAACAACAUCUAGUGGUUGCGAAUGUAAUUGGUCAACGUUUGCGUUGAUUCAUACGAAAGUCCGCAACAGACUCUCCUACAGACGGUUAGAGAAACUAGUAUAUGUCCAUUAUAAUAUGCGGCUAAAAUUGCGAUGUGCUGAGUUGGAUAAGGAGCCAGAGGAACCAGAUAUUGAUCCCAUUGACCUCCAAUUCUACAACGAAGAUUCAGAGCCAAUGUUAGAUUGGGUUGAAGCAGCAGAGAACCAAGAGGAUCCUCUACUUGAUGAGGCGGGAGAUCCUCAGCGUCCUUCACGUUUUAUCACCGAGGCAAUAGAAGAAGAAGAAGCACAACCCCAACGGGUAGAAAAUCCCCCUCGAUUACAACAUGGUAUGAGUCAAACUGCUCGAGGAACUACCGAUACCCAACGGUCACACUCGUCCGCCCAACGUGCAAAGGCAAAGGGGAAGGCAAUAGCAUCAGUUGCAUCGUUGGAAAGAAUCGAGUCGGGCGACGAGACACCUUCACAAUCACAUUCUCUUUCUCGUUCGGUCCAGAGACAUGACAGCAACACGGACAGCAGUGCCUCAAUAGAUGAUGGCGGUGAUACCGGGCAGUCGUUGGUCUCGUCUGCACAACUUGAGGGUGGUGAAUGGAUUGAGGAGCAAUAUUUUACACAUGCCACUCAAGAUUCAGAUCAUGGAACUCGACAAGGUACUGGUCAAGUUUAUGCGCGGAAGGGAAAGGAGAAGGGGAAGGGGAAGGCAGUGGAUGAAUAUGAACAAAUGCGACAGAGCAUACAUGAUAUAGACACAGAAAGAGACUCAUCGUAUUCACAGCCAUCGUAUUAUGAAGAAUCAUAUGGGCAACAACAGUAUGGUGAUAGUUGGUCAUCCUUCUCUGAGCAACAGCAUGAUACAGAACAACACCAAUAUAUGCCUCAAGAGCUGCCUCGGACAAAUAUGAUUUAUGACGAUCAAUCUACGAUCAGUACCACAUUGAUGCAUCAAUGCCAUACGGUGUAUCAAUACACUAUGUCAUGGGAUCAAUUUCAUGAUUGGGUCCAACAAACGUAUCAUAUUGAUAUGUAUCGGAUCGAGGACCCCGAUCCACCACCCGUGGAGGCUCGUCGUUCGUUUUGGUGGUAGAAUUAACAAUCAGAUAUUUCAAUCUAUAACGAGCUGAAAUACGAACCUCGAACAAGACUACCUCAAAGCCCGAAAAAGAUAUAUGAUGCUAUUUUUAUCUAAUUUACAUUGAUUUUGUUAAACUUAUACUAUUACUAUAUUUAUUUGUAACUUGAAAACUCUAUCCUAACUUUUUUUUUAAUUUUCAGGUAUUUUCGGAGGGAUAAAUCGGUGAAAUUAAGUGUACCGAGCGGUACACCUCGGUAUACCGCUCGGUACGCCGUACCAUACCGUACCAAGCCGGCGUCGAAACGCUGGUACGGUACGGUUCGGCGAACCUUGGUUAUGACAACUAUUAUAAGUAAUCAAAUAUUCAUCUCUCUUCUUAAAGUGAAUAUUUAUAAUUAUGAGAUUUUAUGAAGUAACAAAUUCUAAAAUCAUACCACCCCUUCAUCCCUUUAAAUUCACCAUAAGUUUUCUUUACAUUCUUUUUUAGUUUAAUCAGUUGGUCCAACUUGAUCGGGUUAAGCACUUAUAACAUUCAAAAACUUUUCUCCCAAGACAAGUUUUAAUUUUUAAAAUCUUCAAAUCUUUUCACAUCAACAAUAAUGUUCUUCAGAUCAACAAUUCGUACAACAUUUCCAUAUUUAACUAUUUUGGUAUACCAAAUUUUAAAUCAAAUACUACCAAUAUCUCUAGAAUUUUCUCCAACCUACUUGAUCUUUUGUAAGAAAAUAAUGUUUAUUCUUCUACUGAUCAAUGCCUAUCAAUUCGACUCCCAUUUCUGAAAUUGUUCCUAUAUUCAAAGUUAUUGACCUAAUUCUCUAUUCUUGGAUUAACUUCUUUACUCGCAUUGGUCCAAAACAAUGAGAACCCUUGCCUACUUUGCACCACAUUCGGGUGCCGAUGUGAUAAGCCAUUUUUGAGCAACCUCCUAGCUUACUGUUUGCGAUUCAAGAUACCUAGAUGGCAGGGGUGUCUUAUGUCGGUUUUUAGUGACGACGUAGCCAUAUAUUGAAAUUGGAUAACAUCCAUGUUCAUGAGAUCUGAUGUAGUUUUAUGUUGGUUGUCAAUGACCUAAAGCAACCCUUUGCCUUUUCCAUCCGGGCUUGUGAUCAACAUUGACGAUGUGAAGUUACACAUUGAUCAAUAAUUAUCAAUUCGACCAUGGUUUGAUAACAUACCAUCUAUGUCACUACUGAUUGAUAUUUAUAUACUGUUAUUCUUUUUCUUUGUUACUAGAGGGUACAAGCCGAUAUACCCUCUAGUUUAUUGGCACUGUACUAGUUUGACCCAUUACCAACUUGGUAUUGGUUCGAGAUUUAGAUCCUUGAUUAUGAGAUCACAAUUAUAUAACUUUUAGACAAAAAUAUAUAUUGGCUUCAUAAGUGUUUGUGGGCCGAGCAAUUUUGCUUUAUCUGGUUCAACAUUGAGCGUGCCAUCUAGUGGGCUAAUGUUAUUAGGCAUACCGGGUUGUUCGCUUAUUGUUACUGAGAUAGAGCUGUACAGAAUGAUAAGUCUACCACUCUAUUAUUGAUGAUCAUCGCGCGCCCACAACACCUUGAUUAACGUUACUUAUGUUUGCUUGUGCUAUUGUUUAUCAUUGUGGUUUGCUUAGUUUUUGUGUUUUUCCUUGUUUUUGUAAGCCUAGACAGAUCGUAAGGUUGCACACCAAUUGCUCCCGGAACAAGUGAAAACUAGGCUAAAACUUCCCCUUUUUUCAUGUUGUGGCUUGAUUUCUUAAGCCUAUAGUGUGGUACAAAACAUCAACUAUUUUAGCCCCUAGAAUGCUUUUGGGUGGCGAAUCAAGCAAGAGUGCUUUAAGGAGGUAGCUGUCUCAAGUGGUCUCAAUAGGGUCGCAAGUGCAAACUCAUUCUCAAGCUGCUAGAGCUGCUCAAGAGGAGUGUCAUAGUCAGAAUGGUGAGUAAGAAGUUGGCAAUUCUCCAUGAGUGGAGGAAAUGCAAUCCGAAAUGCUGAUUAUGGGAAAGCAAAAAAAGAAGAAGAAAAUGUUUGCAAUGAGGAAACUUGCCUCUAUGUCGUUGAAACAAGCUUAGAGGAAGUCUACCAAGGCUAGUGAUGACUUUUUAGGAUAGAAGACUUGCAAGAGGUGGAAUCUCGAGUUGACAUGAUGGAGUCCCAAGUCGAUUGACUUAUUAUUCACACCAAGGAAUCAAUGCAGCAUCUACAAUAAGUAGUGGCUGAUCUCACUGCAAUAAUUAUAGGGUUCAAGAGAGCUUUACUUGUGGGCGGGGGCAAUACCUAUGUUGCUUCAUCACAAAAUUUGAAGGCAUCCGAGCUGCACUGCUAUGGGGUGCUAGGGAUGCAAAGGAACUCAAAAAGUUUUAUUCGACAUGGAGUAGUACUUUCGGGCAACGAGGCUUGAUUUUGAAGAGACCAACGUGUUGAUCACGACCAUAUAUUUGAAUGCGGAUGUCAAAAUCUGGUGGCACACCCAAUGGGAAGAAAUCCAAUACGGGCAAUGUCGGGUGGACACAUGGGAGGACUUGAAGCGUGAGUUUUGAACUCAGUUCUUGUCUAAGGAUAUUAAGUUCGUCGCCCAUCGGAAGUUCAAACAACUUCGUCAAACCGGAUUGUGUAGUAGUACUCGACAAGUUGCAGCUUUCGACAUGGUUCAAAAUUCACAAUGUAUUCCAUGCGUGUAUUUUAAAAGCCUACUAUUCAAAUCCGUAAGAUGCUUUUAGAAAUGUUAAAUUUGACUACCCUCCACCUAAGUGUCUUAUGAAAAGUGAGUUGAAACCAUUUUAGCAGGUCUCAAGAUACAGCACUGUAGUGAAGCAGAUCGAGUAUUUAAUGAAGUGGUGAAAGAUUCUCAAAAGCCAGUUGGGAGCUAGAAGAUACGUUGCGACAUGAAGAAAAAAUCGUCAAAGCCUACUAGCCUUCGUUGAUAGAUUAAGUGGGGGAGAAUGUCACAGAUGGCCAUCGCAUGCUUGCAAUACCUUUGUCAACAUACCAUUCAUCGCUUAUGUUUGCUUGUACAAUUGUUUGACAAUAUGUUUUACUUAGAUUCUGUGUGUUUCUCUUUGGUUUUUGUAAGCCUAGGUAGUUUGCAAGGUUGCACAGUGACCACUUAUCGAACAUGGGAAAACUGGGCCAAAACUGUCUUGUUUUCAUAUGUCCGGACAUGAUUUCUCAAGCCUACUAUCCGGUGUAAAAUGUCAGCCAUCUUAGUUGUUGGAACCCUGAGUGGUACUGAGCUGGAUGGGGCUUUAGAGUAGUAUCGAGCCUUAUUUAGAUUCACAAGUUUAUAUGCAAAGUGUGCAUAGACUUGCCCAACACCUCAAUACCUGGGUGAGCGGUCAUUUGUGGGCUUGUGGCUGUCUUUUUCUCUUCCAAAGUCUUUGUUUUCACCUUGCAUUUCAAGUGUUUGUUGAAUUGCUUGAGUGCUGUGUUUUUGAGCGAGACGUUGUGACCUCGUCUUUGAAACUAACCAACUUGUAUAUUAUUUACAGGUCUCUUAAGACCUAUGCGAGGUUACACUUAGGCUGACCUUUUAUAGACGGAUAUCAUAAAGGUGCCUCACGACUUCACAAUUUUAGCUAAGUCCAUGUCAAUUCGAUGCUAGUACUCAACUCUUAUCUUAUAAGGAAUUCUUCUCCAUGUCAUUGUUUCAUUUUCUCUUCCCUCUUUCUUACUACCAACCAUAGUUGUUCCGCCAAUGCCUUUUUUGCUGCCUCCACCAUAACCAGCUCUAUGCUGCCAUCCACCAACCAAUUGCACCGGCUUUGCAUUUCUUAAUUCAUGGCCUUGUCAACAUCUCCUUCCUCUCCACUAGCAUGUGAAUCUUUGCCUUCACCACCUUCCCAUCCCACUUCUCUAAAAUUUCCAACAGUAGUAAAGUUCCACAAAUCCAAGUCAAGCUUCUCACUUUUCUCUAUUUUUGACUUUUCUGAAUACAACCCAAUUCGAUCAAAAUGUUAAACAAAUCACUGGGCAAUCAAACAAGGAACUCUGAUUCAUGAGCUUGCAUUACUGGACUUGAUGAAGCUACAAAGAGAUCAUUAUUGCAGGAUCGAUUAAAUGAUGAUGUCUAUUCUAUCUGUCUCUAUUUUCAUAACUUUUGUCACUUAUAAGCCAAUUGAGCUAAAUAUUAAGUUCUCUCAUUAUGAAGUGUAGACCUGACAUUUCUAUUCACAUAACCUCAAAUAUGUUUUUUGCCCAUGAGAGAUGAAAAGAAGCAACUAAAGCCCAAAAACGAAGUCUCGGUAAAUGAAUGGUGUUCCAUGCUUUUCAUGGGCUAUAUAUCAUCACUCAGUGAUUGAAAGAGGUGCUCGAGCGCUCGCCUAGGCGCUCGGGCGAGGCGAGGCGAGGCUCGAGCGCCUCGCUAAUGUCCCAGGCGGUGUGCUUCAAACAGGUGCUGCCUAGGCGCUCGCCCGAGCCCAGGCGCUGGGUGCUUCGGGCGAGUGCUUGGGUAAACCAAGUGACUGAACCAGGAUUUUAUGUCCGGUUCGAUCCUGGUUCGGUUGUUAGUUGGUUCAAUCGAACCAACUAAAUCGAUAUAACCCUUACCCAACCCUAACCCUUACCCAACCCUAACCUGUUGCCGAUGUCGCUCCCGAUCUCGUUGCUCGUCGCUCCUGCUCCCGCUGCUGCUGCUCGUCGCUGUCGCUGCUCGCGCCUCCCGCUGCUCGCGCCUCCAGCGAGCCCUCCAGCUGCUCGCGCCUCCCGCGAGCCUUCCCACUGCUCGCGACUCCCGCGAGCCCUCCCGCUGCUCGCGCCUCCCGCGAGCCCUCCCGUUGCUCGCGCCUCCCGCGAGCCCUCCUGCGAGCCUUCCCGCUGCUCGCGACUCCCGCGAGCCCUCCCGCUGCUCGCGCCUCCCGCUCCCUUUCCCUUUCCCGCUACCGCUCGCCACUGCUUCCUCGUUUCUCCGUCAGGCUCAGUAUACAGUAUACUCUUAAUAUUAAGUUUAUUUGAAUUUUGAAAUGAUUAAUUUUCAAUACUGUUAAUAGAUUAAUAAUAUAUUAUUUUGAUUUUAAUGUUGUUAAUUUUUAUUUUGAUGUAAAAUUUUAUUGUUUUGAAUUUUGAAACUUUUUGUUAAUGUGACAUUGUGAUUUUGUAUCUUAGAUUUUCUUAAUUUAAUAGCAUAUUUUUAUUUAAAAUUUUAAAUAAUUAUAUUUAUUAAUUAUAUUAUAUAUUUUUAUAUUUUAGCGCCUCGCUUCGCUCGGGCGAGCGCCUGGGCGAGCGCCUAGCGCCUCGUGCGUUUUUGGACUUUGGCGCCUUUUGACGCCUAGCGCUUUUUAAAUCACUGGUAUCACUUAUUCAUUAUAUACAGUAAAGAUAAACAUCAAAACUAGUGAUAAAGGUUUGAAACUUUUGUAAAAGCUAAAGCCAUAAACAUAGAUUAUCAUUGCAAAUUCAAUUAAAAACAAUGUUAGCUUCAAUCAUAGAGUAUAAAGCUCAUGCUAAGGUGAUGUUUUCCUCCAUUCUUUGUACAUUUUCAGUAAUAUCUGCUUUUUUUGUUUUUGUAGAUUUGAUGUGAGAGAUAAAUUUUAUCUAGGUAUAAGAAGGAAUCACCUCAUUCACGAAAGAAUAGUAAGAAAGGUUGGACAAAUUUACCAAAACUAAAAUGUUUUUCCAGAGCAUGAGAAUAAUAAAGAUGAUAUUUGAGUUCCUUAGAUUAGCUGCAGCCCUCCAAAUAUCUUAUUUUGGUGUUUAAAUCAUCACCCUCAUAUCAACUUAAAAUAAUGCAGAAUUUUUGGUGCCACAGGGUUGAAAACUCGGCUUUAGAACUCCAUUUUUACUCUAGUUGGCCAAAUCACUCUUUUGUCACAUGAGAAACAGUGGUUUUGCUCAAAACUUUUCAGUUUAAGUCAGCACUGGAAAAACUGGUAGAAACUGAGUUCCAGACCAACCAUUUCCAUGGACAAAUCUGCUUGUUCUCAAUUGACUCACAGAUGUACUUUAUUAGUCCAGAUAUAUCCUUUUAUCUGUCAUCUAUUUUCUUCGCUUCAGUGGAGGGACUGUUAAGGCUUACAAGGCAUGAAAAGCCGAUACAAAAAUUCACAUUACAUCUAGGUGGUAUAUCAACAUGAGUGUAGAAGUAGUUGAAGUUUGUACUGAUGUGAUACUACAAAUAGGAGAUCAAGAGACAUUUUGCUUAAGCAACAUAUAUUUCUAAGAAAUAAUAUUUUUCCUUCUGAUCAGAACUCAGAAGGUCAAUUACUUAUCUUGAUUAUGGACUAAGGUUCUCUUUGAGCUGCCUAAAAUAGUUCAGAAUAAACGGAAUUCCAAGAUUAUUCAAAUCAUUCGGCAGCAUUUAUAUUUAUAACUGGCAGUCCUGAAUAUCAUGUUCCCAGAAAUGACAUAUGCUACUUAACUACUACUAUAUGCAUGCAUAACUUGUCCAUAUCAAUC